AUACUGUGCGUAUUGCCUCGAUAUUGCUUUAAUUUACAAACUUUUUGUAGGCAAUGAUGGAUAGUGGCUAGCAGUGGAAUCCAGGACGCGCGUUUCGUCCUAUUCGGGACUCAUCAGCUGGAUGUACCUGCAUCUCAGAGAGUUGAUGUUCACUCUGGGACUCGAGCCCAAUACCAUUCGCUUCAAACGUCAUCGCGUUAUCCACUCAGCUACUGAGUCCUGAUAGCCACUUGCUUGUGCAGUGGGGUGAAUUUGAAUUCACUUGGUAUUGUUUGGCUUGUAUCUUCUCAAUCAGGUUAUAUGUUAUAUGUUAUAUGCAAUACAGAUCUAUGGUUUCAUUGAGUGUUCUAACUAAAACUGAGCUUCUAAACAAUCAUUAGUGUAUAUGGGCUCCAGUAUCCGAAGGGAACAAAUAACGUAUGAAUGUAGUGUUGGUCAUCGGGUAUUAUAGGACUACAUCUCCUAACGUUGUUCAACUGUGGAUUAGACCUCUAAAUGAAAGAAAUAAAGAGUGGAUCCCUAAGAAAAACCAAUUGUUUCGGUUUGAGCAUUUGGGAAGUAUCUCAGCCCUCACAUAAGUCGAACAGUAAAGUGUUACUUACUUACUUAUUUACCCCUGUGACCUCAAAUGGAGCAUAGUCCAUCGACCAGUAUUCUCUUACCCAUUCUGUCCUGGGCCUCCCUUUCUAAUUCUAUCCAAUUUCUGUUCAUUUUUCUUAUGUCUUUCUCCAUUUCUCGGCUUAAUGUGUGCUUUGUUCUUCUUCAUCUCCUUUGGUAUUCAGGAUUCCAAGUGAGGGUUUGCCUUGUGAUGCAGUUGGGUGGUUUCUUCUACGUGUGUCUUAAAAAGUUCCAGUGUUUCUUUAUGAUUACCUCCUCCGCUGGAAUCUGCUUUGUUAUCUCACACAGUAGGUUGUUGUUGAUAGUUUCUGGCCAACGGAUCGGAAGUAUUUCGCGUCGACAACUAUUAAUAAACACUUGUAUGUUCUGGAUGUUAGCUUUUAUAGUUCUCCAAGUUUCCGUUUCAUUUGUUUUGAAAAUUCUGACUUUGGUGUUAGUUGACAUUUGUUUUGAGUUCCAGAUGUUUUUCAGUUGCAGAUAUGCAGCACUUGCUUUGCCAAUCCGUACUUUCACAUCUGCAUCAGAUCCACCGUGUUCAUCAAUGGUGCUGCCCAGAUACGUACUAGUUUUUACAUCAUUCAAAGCUGCUUUUUCAAGCGUGAUUUGACUGGUGCUGUAUCGGGGAAUCUUGCUUUUCUCUUUGUUUAUGUUGAGACCUACUGUUGCCGAGGCUGGUGCUACACUGGUCGUGUACUCUAGCAUUUGUAGUUGUGUGUCUGAUAAAAGAUCCAGAUCAUCUGCGAAAUCUAGAUCGUCCAGCCGCAUUCUAGCUCUCCAUUGUAUCCCGUGCUUCCCUCAGAUGUUAACUCUUUCAUAAUCCACUUGAUCACUAGGAGAAAGAGAAAGGGUGAGAGU